GAUGCUUUGAAAAAUGAAAAUGCGAACAGAGGAACUGAGGAAGCAGACGAGCACAACGUCGUGGAGGCCUGGAGGCUGUCACAGCAGCAUAGCAAGCGUGAGCCGUUCGCGGCGUUGGCUCCCGGGUCGUGCACAGCGCGGGUUCGACAUGCUCAAUCCGACGGAUGUUGGCCUGAUUCCAUACUUGACUAGCGCUAUAGAUUACCGGUUCCUUAGAACACUUGACACCGUCGAUUGCUGAGAAAGUUUAGGAACUGUGUUCAGUGAAUGUCGCGCACUCCUAACAGCGGCGUGCACCUGAGCAGAGAUUUUCAAUACAAAUCAAUUGAAGCAUUGUUAGAUCGCAUUCUGCGGCAGCCAGCUGCAGACGGUAGCGCGCGGUGUGCACAGGAGCAGCUCGAGCCGCGGGAGGGGCACCGCGAUACCUGGUCGCCCUCCCCGCCGAAGACCGCUAUCAGGUUUUUUAACGACACUUUGCGGGUGGAAGCCCCUCCUCUGUCGAGCGGUCCUCCAGAGGUACCAGACUCUCGUGACAUUCAAGCCUUGAUUACAUCAUUUCGUGCGCUCGUGAAGCUAGCAGACGGCCAGCUUACCGGUUUCCGGGCCCGAAGGCUCGCGCGGGAGUCGCAAGUCGCAAGCAACUGAGCGCCCGGCGUUCGAGGCGCGAGCAUCUAUCCCUAGAAUACAACAAGCCACACAUCUGCGUACGCAGACCCAGUUCUGGAU